AUAAUUAUGAAUUUAUGACUUUAUUUCUAAUAAAUUGUUAACAAUUGUCACUAAUUAGCCAAUAUAAGUAAAUUACUAAGGCGUCAAGAUAGGUGUCUUUAAAUUCUUUACACUAUAGCCGUAAAGAUCUUUAUAGUUUAUAUUAUUCUGAUUAUACUCKGACAAGAUGAUUCCAUUUGCCGUUCUCGUACACAUUUCUUUAUCAAUCUWUUAAAUCUAUAUCUAAAUAUAAAUUUAAAUAUUGAAUAUUGUAUUAAUUUGAAGAAUAAAGUACUUACGGAAAACUGAAAAUGGAACGUGAUCCCAAUAAAAGAAGAGUAAAACCUCCUGCUAACCCAGAAUUGGUACAUUUAGAUGAUAUAGAUGGUGAAAGUUCAUCUGAUAGUGAUUUUCGCAUUGAAGAUCACUAUGUUAACAGUGAAUCAGAUUCUGAUAGAGCUUCAAAUUUCACUUUUACCGAUGAUGAUGGUGAUCAAGAAGAAACUGAAAAAGAUGAUGAAGUUAAUAAUGACAGAUGUAUUGAUAGUAAUAUGACUACUGAUGUUACUAGUAUCAUGACACCUAAUCAAGAUACUUCUAUUAAAGUGAAUUUAAGAGAAAUAGUAAAUAAUAUUCAUAUUUGUAGUAUUUGUUUAGGCGACGCCAGUGAUGAUGUCAAUGAAUUAAUAGAUUGUGAUGAAUGUGGUAUAUCAGUUCAUGAAGGUUGUUACGGUGUUCAUGAUUCUGGGAGUGUAAGUUCAUCUGUUUCGUCAUGUUCUAUGGAACCKUGGUUUUGUGAAGCUUGUAAAGCAGGCAUAGAAAAUCCUACUUGUGAAUUAUGUCCUAAUUUUGGUGGAAUAUUUAAGGAGACAGAUUGUGGAAAAUGGGUACAUUUAGUAUGUGCUUUAUAUGUACCUGGUAUAACUUUUGGUGAAGUAACAAGUCUCAGUAAAGUUAUGUUAUUUGCAAAUACUACACCUCGAUGGGGUAAUAAACAAUGUACUUUGUGUAAAGAUAUGAGAUUUAGUCGUACUGGUGUGACUAUUGCAUGUGAUGCUGGAAUGUGCCGAUCUAAUUUUCAUGUUACUUGUGCCCAACAAGAAGGUAGUUUAUCUGAAGCAACAAGUCCAGAAACUGACCAAACUGAUCCAUUUUAUGCUCAUUGCAAGUUGCAUGUAGACAAACUGGUAGCAAAAAAAAGGAAAAGAAAUUGGGAAGUACUACAAUUAAGAACAAAGCAAAUGAAAUUAUUACGUGAACAACAGUCUUCUGAAAAAUCAGCUACAUGGCAACGUAAUCAACGUAGACUUGAAAAAUUACGUUCUAAGUAUUAUGAAACGAAAAAGAUUAUUAUAACAGAGUCAACAUUUAAAUCAAAAGUUCCUCGUCCUAUUACAACAUCAGCUUCAGCAUGCCGAGCACUUUGGCUAAAAGGUAGCUUAAUGGGUGUAAAUAUGGAUUCUUGUGAGGCUAUUGAAGAACAAAUAAAGGUAUUGCGUGAUGUACCAAAAAAAUGGAAUGUACCUACUACAUUUAGUUUGGAAUUUGUAAGUUAUUUCAAUGAUAGAAAUUUAAGAUUGAGUGAUUUGAAAAAUCAACUAAAACAUUUUASUGACCAAAACAACAAACUUCAUGAUGAAUUAACCAUUGUUCAAAAACAAUAUGAUCAAGAGUCCAAAAACAAUGAAAUUCAAAAACAAAAACAUUUAGAACUCAAAAAUAUUAUUACAGCAUACCAUAAUGUCAUUACAUUUUGCAAUCCUAAUGCUAAUAUUUUAGAUAUAGAUAAAUUUACAAGAGAAAUUCCAAAUGAUCACGAUUCUUUAUUAAUAAACAGUUCAACUCCUACUCCUGYCGUCUUAAAAUCAGGAAUUGGAAUCUCAAUCAAAAAUAAUGAGAAUUUAGAAAUUACAGAUAAUGUGGCGCCAUUAGGUUUGUACAAUAAAUGUGGUAUUUGUGGUCGUACAAAUGAUCAGCAUUUGCUGGCAAAAUGUGACACAUGCUAUUUAUACUAUCAUUUGGGUUGUUUAAAUCCACCAYUGACUAGAAUGCCUAAGAAAACAAAAUUAUUUGGAUGGCAAUGCAGUGAGUGUGAUAAUAGUAAUUCUAACUCUGAACCAGAAACAGUUGAUCCAAAUGCCCCUAGAAAAUUAAGAUAUGGUGGAAGAGAGCGAUCUUUAUCUGACAGUCAUCGAUCUUCAUCUAUUGUUAAUGAUCUACAGGAUAUCAAUAGUCUUACAGAACAGAAUAAAAUGUCCGGUGUGUCAAAGAAAAAAAAACAUGAACGGCACAGGGAAAGAUAUUCUCCAGAAAUAAUAACAAAACGAGUUAAAUCUCGCAAACGCAAACAUAAACAUCACAGGGCUAAUAAUAUUUCAGAAUUGGAACCAGCUAAUGAUUAUUUAGUUAAUGAARCACCCCGACAAGGAAUUAAGUUAUUUAUUAAAUCUGUACCAAGCGCUAGUGGAGUUAAGACAACAUCUUCACAAUUACUUAUUGCAUCACCAGUAGAUGAACCACCUCAGACAUCUACAAAGUCKAAACAAGAAAAGAGUGUUGCACCACUCAGAAUAACGACAACAUUAACAGAUAUUAAAUUGACUCCUAAAUGUGACACUUGUCAAACAACUGGAACAAGCUCUACAAUGGUUCAGUGUGAUGAAUGCAGUAAAAAUUUUCAUUUUUGUUGUCUUGAUCCCCCAGUGAAAAAAUCACCAAAAGUACGUGGGUACUCAUGGCACUGUGCUGAAUGUGAUCCAACGCGCAUAAUGUUCUGAGCCCUUAGUUAAAGGCAAAUUAUUUAGUUGGUAAUUGUUUAAAGGUAAUUUUUGGUUUGACUCCUUGAAAUUUACAAAUAAUUUAAAUCUUUAAGUUAGUUUUAUAAUUUAUCUAUUUAACUCAGUGGUGGUGUGUAAUAGUCAGACAUGGUAGUGCAAUAAAAUUACAUUUAACACACCAUAGUCGCAACAAAGAUUAAAUAAAUAUGUAUAUUUUUUGAUUUAUAUAAAURUUGUUUAGUAUUUAUGUUAUUUAUUUAAUGGUUAAGUUUUAAUAACAUUAGAUUACAACUGAUGCAUGGUUGGUUGCUUUAACAUUCGGUAUAUAAAAUAUAAAUUGCGACAAUCCGACUAUCUUAGCCUUUCCACCAUCUCCUGUGUAACCAAGUUUUAUAMAUAAGGAAAAAAACACGGUUUUCCAAUUAUGCUUGUCUCUGUUUGCUAAUACAGAUAUAAAUUAUAGGGAACAUACUCAGUUGCUCCAAGUUCUGUAACAAAUUGGAUUAUCCGAUUACUAAAUAUAAACUACUAUUAUGUACAUUUUCUUGGAAAACAAUAAUUUUUCCUUAACAUUGUUGUAA